UGGAGUCUCUUCGGGAAAAAAAAAAAAAAAUCAAAAAAUCCUAACUUUUAUUGUUUACCCUAACAAAAAUCUCCUUCACGCCUAGUUUAGUAGUUUCACUUCGCCUCGAGUGACUCUUCACACUUUGCCUCGUUGCCUGUUUCUUAUUCUCUAAACUUCGCCGGAGUUUCACCGGAGCUUCAUCGGAAGAUUCAGUCAUCACUACUAAUCAGCUAAAUUAGGGAAGAUGAGGAAGCUCAAAUUUCAUGAACACAAGCUUUUGAAGAAAUUAAACAUCUUAGAAUGGAAAAGAGAAGGUGGUCACAGAGAAGCCUCUGUUAUGCAGCGAUACCAUAUUACUGACCGUGACGAUUACAAGAAAUAUAAUGGCUUGUGUAGGAUGACGCAGAAAUUGGUUAGCAUUUUGAAGCAGAUGGACCCGAAAGACCCUGAUCGAAUUGAGAUGACUGAUAAUCUCUUGGAAAAGCUAUAUAAUAUGGGUGUAAUACCCAACAGGAGAAGCUUGGCUGUUUGUGAACGGUUGAGUGUGUCAUCUAUCUGCAGACGGAGGCUAUCGUAUAUACUGGUGCAUUUGAAGUUUGCAGAGUAUCUGAAAGAAGCUGUGACAUACAUUGAACAGGGACACAUUCGGGUGGGUACCGAGACAGUGACAGACCCAGCUUUCCUUGUUACCAGGAAUAUGGAAGAUUUUGUGACCUGGGAAGAUUCAUCCAAAAUAAAGAAGAAAGUAUUACAAUAUAAUGACAAAUUGGAUGACUAUGAUCUUAUGCAGUAGUGACUAGUGAGCUAUGGUGAAUACUCAUGGUUCUUUCUUUUUGUGGGGUAGUCCUUAAUUUUGAGGCCUUAUUUUUUUACUUUGAACUUUUAUGAUAUUGCUGUACUGGUUACAAGUAGAAGAAAUCAAAUCAUAUAUGAAGUAUUAUUGUUCAAUCAAUUUGUGCAGUUGUAUGCAGUAAAUUGACUGAUUUUGGAUUGGAACCAAAUUGUGUAAAACAGUGGACCUCAAUUGUUUUGGUUAAAUACUACUCUAGGUCCAUCUAUUGAAGUUUUGGCUUAAUGGUCUAUUUUUACCACCCAACUGUACUUCAUUUAUGAUCAACGUAUGAAGAAUCUGACUACUUUCUGGGCCUUAA